AUGGCCAUGUUGACCACCGCCAUAUCGGCGCUCAUGAUCGCUGCCACGACCGCCUUCCUGCUUCCGCGGCUCAUCGGUACUUUGUUAGGGCUGCUGUUGCGCGGUGCGGGGUGGCUCAUCCGCCGACGAACUCGAUCUCGUCGUGACUAUGUAAUUGCGCGGGCGCGAUCAGACGAGGAGGAACUCCAGAAGACGCUGUGUGAAUCAGUUUUGACCUCCACACCAGCCCGGAGCUCGACGGAGGAUGAGGAUUGGGAACAGGUGGACAGUAACUCGGGCGCAGGCGCAGGCAGACCGUCUGGCAAAAGUGACAGCGCGGGCGGUGAUUCCACACAAAGGCCCGACGACUGGGACGGUAUCAUCGGCUUCUUCCACCCCUUUUGUAAUGCUGGUGGUGGAGGAGAACGAGUGCUUUGGGAAGCAGUACGUGCGACACAGAAGCGUUGGCCUAAGGCGGUCUGCGCAAUCUACACUGGCGAUCACGAGGUCAACAAGACGAGUAUGCUCGAACGAGUUGAGAACAGAUUCAACAUUCGAUUGCACGCCCCCACGGUAGUGCUGCUGUACCUGAGCACUCGGAAAUAUGUUGUCGCCAGCUCUUAUUCACACCUGACACUCUUGGGGCAGUCCCUGGGAUCAUUGGUCGUCGCGUACGAUGCAUUCACGUUACUUGUACCGGAUGUCUUUAUUGACACUAUGGGCUAUGCUUUUACAUUGGCCUUCUGUAAAUGGCUUUUCCCUACGGUACGAACGGGUGCUUAUGUCCACUACCCGACCAUUUCAACGGAUAUGCUUGCCUCGCUCGAUGAUCAAAGUGGCAUACAAGGAUUGAAUGCCGGAGCAGGAAAGGGUCUCAAAGGGACUCUCAAACGCCGAUAUUGGCAGCUGUUUGCUCGGCUUUACGGCUGGGUUGGUCAGCAUGUUGACGUGGUGAUGUGCAACUCUUCAUGGACCGCGGCCCAUAUUCGCAAGCUUUGGGGCAACGAACUCGAAUCAGCCAUUACCGUCGACGAAGAAAGUGAGAGAACUCGCCACGCCACGUUGUUGUACAUUGCCCAGUUUCGACCUGAGAAAAAUCAUCCACUUGUUCUCCGCUCCUUUGCCAGGUUCCUGCAAGAGCGUGCGCGUAAUCCCGCGUACGAGGGCCUUCCAUCUCCGCGACUGGUCUUGAUAGGAUCAGUUCGCCAUGCCAGCCCGGACGAGACUCACAUCUACAACCUCCGUCUACUAGCUCACGAGCUACGCAUACGCGACCACACCACAUUUCUCUGCGACGCCAGCUGGCCCGCCGUUCUUUCUCACUUGGGCACGGCCUCUGUUGGCGUCAACGCAAUGUGGAACGAGCACUUUGGUAUCUGUGUCGUGGAGUACCAGGCCGCUGGCUUGAUCUGUGUGACUCACGACUCCGGUGGUCCGCGCGAAGACAUUGUCGUUGAUCUCGGCGAUGGAGCUACGGGCUUCCGUGCCGAGACAGAGGAGCAAUUUGCAGCUGCCUUUGAGGCAGCUUUGGCAUUGCCUCUGUCCGAGAAGGUUGCAAUGCGGCUACGGGCUAGACGGUCGGCUCAAAGGUUCACAGAGGCGGAAUUUUCUCGAAAGUGGUUGACACAGAUCCAGAAGUUGGUCGACACCGCGCGAUAA